AUGCAAGAACAACAAGAAGGUGAAUCAUUGUUGAACCGAAUUCAUCAUUAUCGGGAUGAUCAUGUCGUCGGAAAUACCACUUCUACUAACACACAUCAACAACGUGCUAAUGAAAAUUUAACCAGUGAAAAUAAUCAUGAACAAGUUGAUAACAAUGACUCGGAGGAAGUAUCGUUACAUGUAGAACAUUUUACCGAAGCACAUCCUAUUAACACUGGUGCGGAAGAGGAAAUAUCACAUGACGAACAACAAUAUUCUAACCCUCAAAGUGGAGGAGUUAGAAAAGGCUUAUUCGGAAGACGUGCAUGGGACGAUCAAGUCUAUCAACAACGUGCAGCUGAACGUUUGGAACGAGAAAAAGGUGGAGUAGAUACCGAUGAAAAAGAAAAGUUGUACAAACUCGUUCCGAGUCUCUACAGAGAAAACCUCUUCAAGCUCGUGAAUCAAGAUUGUUAA